AUGAGAACGCAAAGCGAAAUUAUAAAACCAUUAGUUCCCCUUCGGAGAAUACCGAAGAACAGAGGAACCGUUGUGCGAAAUGUUACCGAAAUAAAUCCGUUGUCUGAAAAAGAAAUAAAAAAUGUGGUGGAAGUAUAUUCUGAAGCUAAUAAAGCAUAUUAUAAAAAUUAUUUACAAAAAGAACGACAAAAGAAAAAUAAAAAUAAGGGAAAGAAGAAAAAAAGUAAUUUAGCCUACACUUCGAAAAAGUCACAAAGUGAAGAAUUUGAUCCUUUGAGUCUUAAUCCAUUAGAUUUUAGAAAUAAUAAAUUUGAAGAGAACGGAUCACUUUUACAUUUACCAGGUUCUAAUAUAAAUGCGAAAUAUGUACCUCAUAAUAUAAAUUCAGAAUAUGGAAUAUGUAGUAUGUCAUAUGGAACGCUUCAUAAAUCUAAUCCUUUAUUAUGGGGCAAGGAUUAUAAAAAUCAUUAUGAAUUACCUACAAUAUGUUCAAUAGUAAAAUCAAAACAUCCUAUAUAUUCCAAGCCUAAUGUUGCUAAAAUGUUCAGUAAAUUAUCGAAUAAUAAAAAAAUUGACGAACAAGAAAACAAAAUGAAUAAUAAUAAUAAUAAAAUGAUGAAAGAGAAAAAGAUGAGGAAGGAAACGUUUACUAUUAAUAAUAAUAAUAAUAAUAAUAAUAAUAGGAAGAGUAAUAAUAAUAUUAAUUUAUCCAUGAAAGAGUAUCCUCAUAUAAAUGUUAAAAAAGUCCCAACAUUCGGUAAUUAUAAAGACGAAAGUGAUUUUCCUGAUCUUUCAACAGAAUUAUGCAAAACAUAUAAUGAUACUUAUACAAAUAGUAACUAUGAUGAAAGCACUAUGCAAACGGAUGGGAAUUAUAAAGCACAAAAAAAUUUAGAUAAUUUUAAAGAAAGUACAGAUGAAGGUACAUAUGAUUAUUCCGAUUUUUUUGAUGAGAAGCAAAGGGAUUGUAAAAAUGAGAAAAAGGAAGAAAUUAACAAUGUGGAAUUUAUUACAGAUUCGUAUAAAAAUAAAUUUCCGAAUUUCCAUCAAAAUGGUAAGGUAGAUGAAAAUUUUACAAAAAAUAAUAUAGACAAAAAUAUUUCUGUUGAACAUAAUAAUAAAACAAAAUGUAUGUUUACAAAAAGCGAUAACAACAAUAAACUUGGAAAUAAAAUUUGCACUAAGAAAAAUAUGGAAAAUAAAAAAAAUGCACAAAAGAAUUAUAAACAUUGUGAUAAAGAAAUAAAGGGGAAACCUUUUUUAAAUCAAGUUCCUCUUAUGUCAACUAGUAAAAAAAAAAUUAAUCAUAUAUAUAAUGAUUUUAAAGAAAAAAAUAACGAAAAUUAUUUAUUAAAGAAUGAGAAAUGUUCUAUUAAUAUAGAUUGCGAAGAUAUAUCAGAUAAGAAAAUAAAAAAAUUGAAAAAAAAAAAGUUGAAUAAACAAAUUGAAGGAGAUAAAUAUAUUACGAAUAUUAUUGAAAAGGAGGAAUGUUGCUUAUCAAAUGAAAAUAUAAAUGAUGAUAAUAUAAGCAAAAGUAGGAAAAAAAAAAAAAAAAAAGGUAUUAAAAAAAAGAUAAAAAAUAAUUCAAAUUUAAAAAUGGAUCAAUAUAAAAAUUCGUUAAAUAUUAAAUAUUUCCCUAUUAAAAAAUUAAAUGAGAUAAAAAAGGAUAUUACGAAUGAUACGAAUAUAUCAAGCAUUAUAAAAAAUUAUAACACAAAAGAGUUAAAUAAACCAACCAUAUAUGAAUAUAACAAAAUGGAUGCAAAUAAGGAUAUGGAAACAAAAAGGGAAAUAAGUAAUCCUAUAAAUGUAUGUGUACCUGAUAAUUCAUCUACGUUUUUAAAAGAUAGACCAGAAGUCAAAAUCGCAGAAGGUAUGUGUCUACGUAAUAUGUUUAAAGACAAAUAUUCUACAAAUAUUUACAAGGGGAAUAAUAUUAUCCCUAAUAAAAAUCAAAUAUAUAUAUCUAGAGGUAUUUAUAAUAGUAAUAUUUAUGAUAAUCAAAAUAUGGGAUUGAGACAAAAAGGAUAUUAUCCAUUAUUUGGUGAUAUACCUAAAUGUAAAGUACAAAUACUACCAUCCCAAAUAUGUUCACCAGGAGUAUCAUCACCAUUUAUAAGUGCUCCAAAGCAAGCUUUAUCUUCAAUAACCCAUUCACAAUUAUCCAUUCCGGAUAUUAUUAAUGGUGGUCAUAAUUCAAAUCAAAUAUCUUAUAUAACACCUGAUGUAAAUGUAUUAAAAGGAAAUUUAUCUAGCCAAAUUAAAAAUACAAAUUUGUAUAGCCAAAUUAAUACUGGUGUUAAUAAUGGUAUAUCAGUAAUAUCUGAGCCUAUCAUAAUAGAUCAAAAUCCUAUAUCUAAUAUAAAUCUAAAUAGGAUAAAUGUACAAGAUGUUGGAGGUGUGUGUGAGAAGAAUAUGUACAACAUGGUUCCAUGGACAAAAUCGUUAGUUGAGUACAAGAAUUAUAAUAAUGUGGAUAGUUCUUUUGUUAAUAUGGGAAAAUAUUCUAUCAGGGAUUUGGAUGUAAAUACAAGAAGUUUAUAUAGUAAUAUAAAAAAUGAUAUAUUUGGAAACUUGGUUUUCUUGGAUGGGUCUUAUAAAAACAUGACGAAUAAGAUGAAUAAUGAUGUUGUUACGGAGAGGAAUGGUUUGAUUCAAGAAGGUAAGUUGGGAGGAAUAUGUUUGGAAAAUAAUAAAAAUAAUAAUAUGAAUAAAAAUAAUAAUAUGAAUAAAAAUAAUAAUAUGAAUAAAAAUAAUAAUAUGAAUAAUAAUAAUAAUAGUAUUAGUAAUAAUAUUAGUAAUAAUAAUAUUAGUAAUAAUAACCAUUCUGCUGUUCAGCACUUUAAUUUUGAAAAGGACGUUUCUUCUGUAGGUAGUCCAUCAUAUAUAUAUUUAGAGAGAAAUCAUAAGAUAAAUGAAAACUAUAAGGGUAAUACAUUUAAAGGAUUUGGAAGUGUCGAUAUUAAUGAUAAGGUAAAUUAUAAUAUGAAUAAUACAGCUUCGAUACAUAGAAACCUAAACAUAGAAGAAUAUGAUAUGGAUAGAAGAAAUAAAUCUGACGUGAAUGAAUUAAUUAAAAUAUCUAAUGAUAACUUAUUAAAUAUACAAAAGAAAGAAUUAUUAGAUAUUUUAAAUGAGGAAAAUAAAAAGAAGGAAGAUAUACAUAAUAAAAAUAAUUUAGAUAUUCUAUUAAGUGAGGUAAAUAACAAAAUGUGUAAUGAUAACAAUGUUGGAAUUAAAGGUAUAUGUCAUAAUAAUAUUGAAAAAACAAAUACCUUUGUAUCACCUAAUACGUAUGUAAAUCCGUUGAGUAUAUCUGAUGGGAAUACAAUAGGAGGUAGUAAUAAACAUGAUAAGAAGGAUCAUAUAAAUGGUAUGGAUAAAUACAUUUAUAAUAAGAAGAGUAAAAUUAAUGAUUGUAAUAAUUAUAAUAACAAGGAGAUGAUUCAUUCUCGUAUAUUUGAUGAGAAAAAUAUAAAUGUAUCAUCAGAUAUGGUACAAAUAAAUAGAAAAAGGGCUGAUGAAAAAUAUUUAAACUAA